ACUGCACUGUCAGCUGUAGCAUGACAACAAGGGAAAAUGGCUUGCGAAGUGAAAACAUUUGGAAAUAUUUUAGAUUUUCGAAAGGUUCAGGAAUACUUUGGACUUGGGCAUGAUGAGAAUUGGCUAAGCGGCGUUAACUACGCCAUGUCACCCACUGGCGAAGCGAUUGCUUUAGCCCAGGGUGAAAAACUGGCUUUUCUGUCCACAUAUUGGGACAGCCGUGGACAUGAGUACACCUAUGCGCUCAACUGGUGUGGCGAACUGGAUGAUGGCAAUCAGAUAGUGACGAGUCUGCUGUGCAUACCCAUGAUGCGUGCCACAGAUGUCGAGUGGACUUGCAUCGCAGUUGGACUCGCCUCGGGCAUGGUUAUCUUCUACACGGAUGCGGGAGUCAAGCUCUUCUCACAGUGUUGCCAGGAGGAUUCCGUACUGGGCAUUAAGCUGUUGUCGCCGCCUCGCCACAGCGAAGCCAAUGCGCUGCUCUAUAUUGUCUACAGCGGCUGCAUGUGCUUCAUCAAUGGCGAGGAUAUACUGCCCAUACUCGCCAAUUGUCGACACAAUCAACAACGUGGCGCUUUUGAGCGCAGCGGUUUUCCCAGCGCCGAUGUGGUUGCAUUUCACAAAUACAAAUUCAAUAGGGAGCGUGAGAGUAUCCUCAAUGAUGCCGCAAUCAGUACGAAUCAGAGAGCACCCACCUAUGAUUAUAUUGUGCAGCAGAGCAUUGCUCAUGGCUAUUUUGCCAAGGUGCAGGCGACGCCGGUGCGAAGUGCUCAGGUCAUUGUGGCCGGUGCAGAGCCCUAUUUGGGUUUUUUUCAUGCCGAGGAGGGCUACAAGACCGUGUCGCUAGGUGAGGUGGCCAAAGAUGUGCUCGGCAUGGCCUAUAAAAAUCUGAUGGGUGGUAUUUUUCGACGAGCGCCGGAUCAGGCAGCGGAGCAACCGGAACAGCUGCCCCUGCCCAGCAAGGAGGCACCGAUGCGUACCCGUUGUCGCCUCUACGAUGGCAAACGCGAUGGCCUCUCCCUAAUCCUGGCGCCGGGCGGCAAACUGGCUGCCGUCACAGAUAAUUUGGAUCGGGUGAUGCUGGUGGACACCCAGCAAGCGAUAAUAUUACGCGUGUGGAAGGGUUAUCGGGAUGCGCAGUGCGCCUUUGUGCCCACCAAGGAGCGUUCGGUGCGAGGGAUUAAGACGCACAAGCGCAAGGCUUUGUUUCUGGUCAUCUAUGCGCCACGGAUGGGUUGCCUGGAUAUUUGGGCGCUGCAAAAUGGACCCAAAGUGGCCGCGUUUACCGUCUCCAAGUGCGGCCAGCUCAUCUACAAUAAUCACAGUGCCUUGGGUGCACCGGGCAGAGAGUCACGCAAGUCGCCCAGCUUAAAUCAUUGCCUGUUCCUCGAUCCCAGCGAUGGCAGCCUGAAGGAGGUGCACAUUCCCUUCCAUUAUGCACUGAGCGAAACGAACUCGCAAACAUCCCGAGAUAUACACAUGCUGCGGCGCCUGCGUAGUCAAUUGCGAGCGCUAACACAUUCCGGCGAGGAUCGGCUGCAGCAAAUUGAAGCAAUUGCUCAACUCGCUGGGGAGCUGGAAACGCUGGAGGUGCGCCAGCAGUGCUUAGAAAUGUUGCUCAAAAGCAAACGACUGCAGCCGCAACUAUUUCAGAGCAUUGUCCAUGUCUUUGCCCAAGCUGAACAAUCGGAAACCACGCAAGAGUUCCUGCAGCAAAUCGAAAACUAUAAACGCCUAACCGAUCUCUAUUUGAGCCUGAGUCGUGUUCAAAUGCAGGAGCAGCCAACGCUGGAGCUGCUCGAACUAUCCGAUGCGGAUCUGGUGACCAUUAAUCAGCUCGUCAUUCUUCUUGACACGGGCAUGGAUGAAAAGCCCACGACGCGUGAGGUCAGUUUUCAGCUGCAGGACGACUCACUGCACAAAGUGGAGGAGUUUGUCGACUAUCUGAGCAUCUUCAACAUUGAGACGCCCAAUUGUGUCACGCUGCUGCCGGAGAAAUCGGAUAAAUAUGGCAGCGUUAGCAACGAUCUCUUUGGUCAGUUCUUUACACAGAGUCUGUGCUUGGAGCAGUUCAAGGAGUGGGCCGUCCAGGCGUGCAUUCCCAGCAAGGAUCUCCUAACGCUGGUCAUCUACUUUUGGCUGGACAAGCCAUUCAAGUACAGCAACUGUGAUGAGGUCAUCGAGGAUAUGUCGCGCAUUGCGUCCAUGGUGCGCGUCAUUUGUGAGCUGGCUGGCGAGGAUAUUAGCAAUUAUCCUUACAAUGCCAUCUCGCCGUGGUGGCAACAGGUGCGUGAACUGCUGCUGGAGAGCAAACAGUUCUCCGGUCUGUUGGUGGCCAUUGUCUGCAAGACAGUGGCCGUUCAGCUGUGGCACAGUCGGCGAGACGGCUCCUGCGAUGAGAGUGUCGAGGAGGAGGAACGCUGGGAGACCAUAUCACAUGAUGAGGCCCAGUGGGGUCUGCUCACCGGCAAGCUGGAGGAUGUGGCUGUCCUGGGCGCUAUACUUGGGCAGCCCAAAGUGUGCCGUAAGCCAGUUGGUCCGGAGUUGCCGUACGAGCAGCCCGACUGCAGCUUGAAGAACAUACUGAGCGGUGGCAAGGGCAUCGUGUCCGAGCUAACAGCCAAGUGGUUAAAUUGUAGUCGCAUAGAUCCCGCACUGAUUGUGGAAAUAACGCCGCCAGAAAACGAAAGCGAUGACGAGCCCGAAGUGGGUCAAGCAAAAGCUAAGCCAAAGUCCAAGCCAGAUAAGAAGAAGAAGAAGGGCAAAGUGGAGGUAGAAGAACUGCAGGAGCAGCUGGAGGAGGAGGAGACUGUGCCAGAAGCAGGCACACCGAGUGAACCACUGGAACCGGUGCUGGAGCGUUUAGCUUUGCUGCGUGCACAUUUCCCCUUCAGUCUGGAGUCGGGUGUGCUGCUCAGCCUGAUGGCCUGGCAGCAUAUGGUGCACUGGAGCAAGCAGCUGGCUUCCUUGGAGCACAUGCGUGCCGCAUUGCGUUGUCUGGAACAGUUUCGCACGCCUGAUCUUGCGCUGAAACAUGGCAUCUGUUGCAUGCUGUGGCAAGCGACGCUCAAGUUUCCCUUGCAGGCGACUGCCAAGCUGAUGCACAAAGUGGGUCGCCUGCCAGUGGAUAAGAUGUGUCAACAGGAUCUGGACAUGUCGGCGGCGCUGGUGCCCGAAUUUCUCGAGCUCUGCUUGGAGUUUCUGCAGCAUUUUACCAGCUCGCUGGAGCAUGGCAAACGUGAGCUGCGUUUCGAGCAGGCGCUCAGUGAGGGUCAGCUGCCGUUGCAGUUUCUGGCGCUGCAGCAACAUCAUGCGUUGCCCGACCUUCUCCAGCUGCAGACACAGCUCUGCACCGUGCUGCAUUUGAUUGCACAGUUCCAGUUGCGCGUCUCGCGUCCGCUGACAACGCUCUUUGAUGCCCUGGCGAAUAAGGCACUGCAGUCGGAUAUUAAUAAGGAGCUGCCGUAUGGAUUGCCUGCACCAGACUUGGUCCUGCAGGAGCAGCGAACUGUGUUCCUUUGCUUGGUGGUUGCAGCCACCAUAGAUCUAAUACGUGAGGAUCUCGAGCAGCUCUACAUACUCGAUCAUGUGCUGUAUAUGGCCAAGAUUUGUCAACUGGCCGACAGCUGGCAACUGGACAAGUUGCCCAUUUUGCGGAAACAGGUUGUGGAACUGUAUGCCUUUGGCUAUGAUGCGGAGGCACAAGUGCUGCUCGCGGACAUCAGCGAUGAUGAGGAACUGGGACGACUGCUGCUAGAAAUUGCCGGUCGUCGGCUAAAUCUAUUUGCGGAAGGUUCCCGAUCCGCCUUCCUCAAGAUCGCCUCUGUGGGACAUCAGCUGUUGGCAUAUCUAGAUAAUUUGAAGGAUUCGGUGACGGAGGAAAGCAUUACGAUAAGCGCCACGAAACCCGAGGAGAUCGAUAUCAUCGUCCUGGACAAGCUGAUAACCCAUGUGUAUAGAUGCCUAAGUCGCCGUCAAGCGGGCUCCAACAAGCUGCUUGUCACCGUCGCCCAGAUGUACAAUGCGGUGCGCAUGCUACAAACAUGAAGGAGGAGCAAAUAGAGGAAUACCUUUAAUUUCAUAAGCAGACCCCAACUGCUGUAUCCAAAUAUUAUUGCCCAAAACUAAGAAAACAGAAAAAAAAUAAAACAGAAACCAAAUUAAUAAACACAA